UCCCCUGAAUUAUUUUGGUAACCCUGUAACAAAAAUAAGAAAAAGAAAGAAAAUUUUAGGUUUCCCUAUACCAAAGAAUGGAAAAAUGGAAACAAAUUUGGAUGGGGGGCGGGAAGUAAAUUUUGGGUUCCCCUUCAGAAAUUCGGGUGGAAAUGACAGGGUUUCGUUUUAUUUCGAGCCCAUAUACCUGGUUCAGGUGGAAAUGACAGGGUUCGUCCUAGGGUUUUAGUAAUUCUUCUUCGGUGGACAAAUACAGUUCUAGCUGGUCAAUUAACAGAGACGACAGAAAUUCAUGUUUGCUUCCAAUCAGUAGUGAUUUGAUUGUGUCUACGAGGAUAUUUGACCCUCUUCCACUUAGAAGAAGAACGAACUACGCACAUAGGGGAGGAGCAACACAAUCUCACAGAGAAAAAAAAAGGGGGGAAAAGUCAAGUAUUUAGAAUGGUUGGAACAACAAAGAUGGGCAAUGUGAUGGGAAGAUUAGUGAAGAAAAAUUUAGGAGAGAUGGGGUUCAACAUGAGUGGUGGACCUGUCAAUUGGUUUCCUGGUCACAUGGCUUCUGCAACUCGCGCCAUUCGUGACCGGCUCAAACUUGCUGACCUUGUUAUUGAAGUUCGCGAUGCUCGUAUUCCGUUAUCAUCUGUGAAUGGAGAUCUUCAGGAUGUUCUAUCUAGCAAAAACCGAGUUAUUGCUCUCAACAAGAAGGAUUUGGCCAAUCCCAAUAUAAUGCAUCGAUGGACUGGAUAUUUUGCUUCACUUAAGCAAGAUUGCAUGACAAUAAAUGCACACAGCCAAAACUCCGUCAAGAAGCUUCUGGAAUUUGCAGAACUGAAGCUGAAGGAAAAGAUUUCUAAGGAACCCACACUUAUAAUUAUGGUGGUUGGUGUUCCUAAUGUUGGCAAGUCGUCGCUUAUUAACUGCAUCCACCAGAUCGCAUCUGCACGCUUUCCUGCACAGCAGAAGCUGAAACGGGCUUCAGUGGGACCUUUACCAGGCGUAACUCAAGAUAUUGCAGGAUUUAAGAUUGCACAUCACCCGAGCAUAUAUGUUCUUGAUACUCCAGGUAUACUUGUUCCAAGUAUCCCCGAUAUAGAGACAGGGCUAAAGCUUGCACUAACAGGAUCUGUUAAAGAUUCGGUGGUUGGUGAAGAACGUAUUGCGCAAUACCUACUGGCUAUUUUAAACAUUCGAAGCACACCCCUUCACUGGAAGAACUUGAACAACAGACGACUCGAAGCGUCUUUGUGUGGAGACAAUGGAAAGGACUAUAAACCGAAAAAAGGAAUACAGCAAAAUGCGGGUGAUGUCCAUUAUAUUGAGGAUGUUGUAUCAGAAGUCCAGUGUGCAUUGUACGUCACACUGUCAGAAUUCAAUGGUAAUUUGGAGGAUGAAAGUGAUUUAGAGUGUCUGAUAGAGAAGCAGUUUGCAGCUCUUCAAAAAGCAUUUAAAAUACCUGCUCAUAAGGCAUCAGAUGACGCUCGGAGGAUGGUAUCGAAGAAGUUCCUUGCUCUAUUUAGAAUGGGUAAACUUGGUCGAUUCACUCUCGACGAUGUACCCGGUGAUAUUAACCCGUCAUCUUCAUUAUCUAACACUGAAUCUUGAAUGUUUAUGCUCACGUGCUUACUCUUGCAUUCAUGUAAAAGAAACACACAAGUUUUUGCAAGAAAAACACAUGAAACUUUCAAUCACUGCCCCUGAAUUCGUUCUCGUUGCAAUGAGUUAUACCUGGUUAUCUGUACUACCAUAUAUUAUUUAUUAUACAUCAAUCAUAACCUGAUGAUUUUAGCUUA